AAUAGCUUAGACUAAGGAUCUGAAUACUCGUAGUUUAGUAAUCCUUUGUGUAUAUAAUGCUUACCUCUCAAUGAGAAGAAUACACAGCAAAUUCUAUAACCUUCUAUGGUAUCAGAGCAGAGAUUCUUCUCUGGCUCUAGCUCUUCUUCUUUUUCUUGCAAUCUUCAAAUUGCUGCUAAUCAAACCCAGGCUCUGAGCCAAUUGCUCAGCCUCUUCCUCUUCCCCUUCCUAUCAACAAACACAGAAACUCAAAACACUCAAUCCCCAAAUUCUUAGCCUUAGCCCACUGUGUUCUCUUCCCAAUUUCCAAAUUUCAUGAAACAGCCGCCAUGACAUCCUCCGCUGCACCUUCAUCUGUAUCCAUGCCAUCAGUUCCCACUACACCUAUCUAUCAUUUUGUCGCUGUCAAACUGAAUGAUGAUAAUUUUGUGCUUUGGUCUCACCAAAUUGAAUCCUAUCUUCAUGGUAACAAACUCUUCAAGUUUGUAGAUGGGUCCUUUCCUUGUCCAGCUACCUCUUCUUCUGAUCAUGAGAAACAUAAUUUGGAAUUGACUGGUAAUGGCACAUGCACUAAGAAAUCCCUGAAAAUGAUUCAAAGUGAACUAGAAGCACAGAACAUUGAAAAUCUGGAUGUGACAGAGCUCACUCAACUUGAGAAGCAACUGGAUGCUAUAUUAAGACAAACAAGAUCAAGAAAGAUGCAGCUCAUGAUGGAAACAAUAACAGCUCUCAUUGAGAAGGGAAAGAAGCUGGGAGAAGAGAAGGAUCUCAUGGAAAAGGAGAUUGCAGCACUGAUGGUGGAGAAGGCGAACCAGCAGGAACAGCCAACUGCGAUUGCUGCUGCUAAUGAUAAUCACGUUGAUGAGGAAAUGGAAGGAGAACGAGAAGGAGAAGCAGAUGAGCGCAGCAGUUGUGCCCACACCAAACAUCCCGUGCUUAAUUUGUUUUAGAUCGACUUCCUAGUACUCGUUUGUUUUGUUUGUUUAUAUGUGUGUAUUGUAGCUGGGACAUAUGCCUGCGACGUGGCAGAAGCAGAUACUUCCCACCUCAACGUAAUGACACUUGUAGCUAUAGUAGUAGUCUUGACAGACGCAAGGACAAAC